GCAUUACCCUUAGAAUACUUGACCGUGAGGAAUAUGAGAAAGAGUGCAGUUUCUUCCUUGUGCUUGAGGAACCAAUAUGGAUACGAAGAAGAAUGAAAGGUGGCUUCACAAUUACAGGAAAGCCUGUCUUCAGGAAAGUUCAUGCUAGAGACCAUCCCCUUCCUUCUACUGUAAUCAACGUUCAAGAAGAGAACGAAGAGAAGCAGCCUCUGACAAGCAAAGAGGAGGAAGAACGCCGCAUUGCUGAAAUGGGGCGCCCCAUCCUGGGGGAGCACACAAAGCUAGAAGUGAUUAUUGAAGAGUCCUACGAGUUCAAGAACACUGUGGACAAGCUUAUUAAGAAGACAAAUCUAGCUCUUGUGGUUGGAACAAACAGCUGGAGAGAGCAGUUCAUUGAGGCUAUCACUGUUAGUGCUGGAGAGGAUGACGAUGAUGAUGAAUGUGGCGAAGAGAAGCUACCAUCCUGCUUUGAUUAUGUGAUGCACUUUCUGACCGUCUUCUGGAAAGUCCUUUUUGCCUUUGUGCCCCCAACAGACUACUGGAAUGGUUGGGCUUGUUUCGUAGUGUCCAUCCUCAUGAUUGGCCUUCUCACAGCUUUCAUUGGGGAUUUGGCAUCCCAUUUUGGCUGCACAAUUGGCCUGAAGGAUUCUGUAACUGCAGUCGUAUUUGUUGCAUUGGGAACUUCAGUACCAGAUACAUUUGCCAGCAAAGUAGCAGCAACACAAGAUCAAUAUGCAGAUGCUUCCAUAGGUAAUGUCACUGGUAGCAACGCUGUGAAUGUUUUCCUGGGAAUCGGCGUAGCCUGGUCCAUUGCUGCAAUCUACCAUGCAGCCAAUGGAGAGACAUUUGCAGUCCAACCAGGCAACCUGGCUUUCUCUGUCACCCUCUUCACUAUAUUUGCUUUUAUCAGUGUUGGUGUGCUCCUCUACCGGCGAAGACCAGAGAUUGGAGGUGAGCUAGGCGGGCCACGGACUGCCAAGCUUCUGACCUCAAGCCUCUUUGUGCUGCUCUGGCUCUUGUACAUAUUUUUCUCAUCUAUGGAAGCCUACUGCCACAUAAAGGGCUUCUAA